UUUCAUAUUUAGUAUUCUGUGGUUUCACCCCCCUGCUGAUGACUGAAUGCUUAGGUUUAGUCCUUAGUUCUUAGGUACGGUACGGUCCACCAUUACUUAGUUUGUAGUUUCUCAAUUUUUGUGAAAUAGAUAUACAAGAGUUGCAAAGAAUCCAAGACAUCAAAGAUGGAAUUCUGGAACACAAGAAAAAUGCUUGCUCCUCCAACAUACCUAUACGAAACGAGUGUAGAUGAUAUAGAUAUCAAUCAUUUCAAAACAAUUCUUCAAGAUGGAAUGAAUUUUUAUAAUGAGCAGAAUCUAUUGAACAUUGAUAUUGCUUUGUUAACAAGAAUUGUUUACAGAAUGAAAACUAAAUUUCGGAAUUCAAAAGAUUUCCAAGGACUUGAGAAAGUUAAGAAGAAUAUAUUAAUUUUCCAUGAGAUGAAUAUAUCGAAAAAAUUGGAGUACUUGUUGUCAAUUCUGCCAAUCUAUGAUUAUCAGCAAGUUAUAGUGUCUCUACCAACCAAAAAUAUGAUAGACUAUAUUUUAGUCCAAUUACAAGGAAUUGGCAAAAUAUUGUGUUCAGUUAUUGAACAAUGUAAACUUACAUUCAUACUUUAUGAACAUAGACUUUAUUUGGGUCAUUUUUGGAAAUUAGCAUUAAUAGCUAUAUCAUUAGUUUCAAGAAUACAUAUCCUAUGCCUCAACAUCUUAAAGUUCACAUGUCUUUUUUAUUUAAGACUUCUUCCCUUUUCUCACAAAUUGAAGAAUGUGACAAAGAACUGGUUACCAAAGGAAUAUGCGUUCCCAAAAGAUUUGCAGACCUGGUUGAAUGUUGAAUGGACCAAGUUAGAGGAAGUAAUAGAAAUCCUUGAUAAAGAUUUCAAUUUCACCAUGAUUGAUUUAGCAGAUGAUUCAGAUGAUGAUGUUGAAUAUAUAGAGAUUGAUGAAGAUUCAAAAAUAAUUGAAGAUUUUAGAAAAAUAAUGAAAACAAGAGUGGAAAAACAAGAUUUUGAUGAACCUAUCAACUAUCACGGAAAAAAUAUAGAUGUUGGCGAAGAAAUAUUGGAUGAUGAAGAAGUGCAACAAAUUAGUGACGAAAGCGGGUCACAAGUUGUAAAUGAAAUUUCAUCAGUGGAAGAUCAAAAUGACGAAACAGGUGAUAUAGUUCAAGACAUAGAUAUUGGGGAAGAAAUUAUGCCUGAUGAUGAGUCUUCAGAAUCUCUUGUUGCUUCUUCACAAUACACACAGCAUGAAGUUGACUUUGGAGAAAUAAUUUCUUCAGACGAUAUUCAGGAUUCUUCUAAUAUUUCUGCUUCAUCAGGUAAAAGGAGAAACAAAAAAAACAAAAGUUCAUGUCAAGUAAUAAUUUCAUCAUCGGAUGAUGACUCAUGUGUUCAAUUCGUCUCAAAAACAUCUAGCAUUAAAAAUAAACCAUUUGUCACAACUGAUUUCAUUCCACUUGGGGAAUCUACACCUUUCAAUCAUAAGGAGAAAAGAUUGAAGGAAAAAAAGAAAAGCAAACAGACAGUACUUAAUAAAAAAAACCUUAAAAGAAAGGUGCCGGCAGUAGAACCUACCAACAAAAAUACUGCACCAAAUAAAAAGAAAAGGAAAUAGAAGAAAAAAUUUAAUUGAGGUAUUAUUUUCAUCAAAAGUAAAUACACAUGUAUGACAAAUGUUGGAAUUGUCAUUAUCAGAAUAUUUUUGUUAAAUUUGUUGAAGUAUAAGAGUUUGUUAACAAAUAUAAAAUAUAUAUGAUACUUGUUGGCAUAUUAAUGUUUUUAAUUACACUCUUCUUCACCAAUAAGUUUGAGACACAGUAUCUUGAAGAUGGCCAAAAAAAGACGAAUAAUAAAAUAUCUGGCACACUGUGUACGAAGAUAGGAGCAAGUAGACGUUGUAUUUCUCGCGUCCCGAUAAUCUUCAAAUUGUCGAGAAAUUAACUACAGUAAAAAAGUGAAAAAUAGUGUCCAUUCAGUCAGAAGAGUUUCCUAUAUAUUUCUGAAGGAAUUGAACGAUUCUCAUAAACAUCUAUUCAGAAAAUCGAGAAAUUAGACCUUAUCACUCAUCUAAAAAUCUUAUCUGAUCGAAAAAAGGAAGACCGGCAUCUGUUGUUGUUCAGAUUGUUUUUAUCAGUCAACAGGUAAACACCAAUCAGGGGCGUACUUCGAAUAAUUUCGCAACAUGAAUAAUUGUGGAAAAUGUAAGAAAAAAUUGGGCAGUAAAGGAUACAAGUUCAAAUGUGAUGGUGAAUGCAAAAAAUGGUUCCAUCGAAAGUGCAUUGUCAAUUUACCGGGGGAUGUAGUCAAGCUGAUAAUUUCAGGAAAAAAAAUCUUGGACUUGUCAAGACUGUGAAAAUGAAAUUUCUGAGGACUCCACAUAUUCAGGGGAGGAAUCUGAAGUAUCAGAAACAGAAGAAGAAUCGCAGAAAUCAUCACGGAAUAAAAAUCAAAAACGUAAAUCACUGAAUAAAACAAACCGACAGUUUACAAUAAAUGAUGUUAUGGAAAUUCCUCAUAGCUCACGUGGAGGACCUGAGGAACAAGGUAGAGACACAAAAAAAAGGAAAUAAGGAAUGAACAGCAAAAGUUGAAAGGAGCUGUAGCUGUACUGAAAAGUGAGAGAAACAAAGAUGAACAGUCAAAACUAAACAAAGAUGUCAUUAUAAGUGGUUUGCCGAAGAUUAAGGAAAAUAAUGAAGAAAACCUCAACACCGUAUUUCGCAUUGGUGAGAAACUUGAAGUAAAUCUUACAAAAGAAGUAGUUACAUGCAAAAGAAUUGGAAAAGGAGCAAAUAGUCGACUCAAGGUCAUGUUUGAGAAUGAAGAAUUGAAAAAGAAAUUUAUAGAAGCUAAGAAAAAGACGAAUUUGAACUCAAGCCAACUAGGAUUUGUAGAAAAACAUCCUAUCUACAUAAAUCACGAGUUGACAUCAGAAAAUCAGCUGUUAUUCAAAAAUGAGAGAGACUUCAAGAGACAGUUUAAUUAUAAGUUUGCCUGAAUAUCACAAGGAAGAAUUCUACUGAAGAAAACCGAAACAGGUAGAACUAUUGAAAUCAAUACUGAAGAAGACCUUAAUAAACUAAUACAAAAAAACUAAAAAACUCCCCAAAAACCCAGAAGAUCAAAACAUAAUUAUAUUAUACUACAAUAUAAGAUCUUAUAAAGCAAAAAAUAAAAUAGAUAACCUACGUCAUUACAUACAUCAGCACAAUUAUCCUCAUUUAAUUAUUUUAACUGAAACAUGGCUCAGUGAAAAGGACAAAAAUUUAUACAGUAUACAGGGCUACCGUGGAGAGUAUGAUUGUAGAUCAUCGCGAGGUGGUGGUGUUUCAAUAUUCAUAAGAGCAGACAAUAUAAGGCAGUUAAAACUCCGAAAAUAAAUAAAGCAAACAUAAUAUGUAUAGAGUUGCCAGGACUCGGUAUACCAAUAUAUGCGAUUUCUCGUGUCUCCAAAACUAAAUACAUACCAAAAUUCUUGGAAGAUCUAGAAGAAAUACUGGAUAAGCACAAAAAAAUGGUAAUAAUUGGCGAUAUGAAUGUCAACACCAGAAAAAUCAAUAGAAAUACCAAAUUGUAUAAGGACAUACUAAACUUAAAUUCAUACGAAAUAAAAAAUGAAAAAAUUACUAGAAUAAAGAAAGAUGGUACUGGCACGUUGAUUGAUCAUGUCAUAACACCCACAAAUAUCAAUUCCAAAGUAAAGACCAAAUCUACAGCAAUAUCUGACCAUAAAAGCUUAUAUAUAAGUAUUAACCUGCCAACAAACGUGAACAUUGUCAAGUCAAAAAAGAUUGUCUAUAAAACUGAUAAUGAAAAAUUUUAAGAGACAGUUCACACAUUGCUACAAGAAAAACCACCAGAAAGCAUUGAUGAAUUGAUAGGUCUUCUGAGUGAAGCUAAAAGCACAUGCACAAUGAAAAGAAAGUUGAUAAUAAAAAAUAAUAACUGGUGGUACAAUUCUACCAUACAUAAAAACAUUAUGAGAAGGGACAGCCUAUACAAAAGAAUGAAGAAGUUUCCAUACAACCCCAGACAUCAGCCUAGCUAUGAAAUCCAAAGAUAAAAAGUAAACAAUCUGAUAAGACAUCAAAAGAAAAAAUACUUCAGUGAAAAAUUGCAAGAAAUAACACAAGAAAACUAUGGUCUGCAAUAAAUGAAAUCCUACCAGUGAGUAACAAAACACAAACAAAACUAGCAAUUUUUGUAUAUAAAGGAAAAACAUACAAAAAUGCAAGUCAAAAAGCAAAUUUAUUCAACAGAUUUUUCAUCCAUGCAGCUGAUCAAACUAUAAGAGUAAACAAAAAUAAAACAAAAUUUGAUGAAAUUGACCAAGACCAGUCACUCUAUAUGGGAAGAUGUGAUGAAAAAGAACAUAGUGAUG